CGUGAUGCGAAUGCGGAAGUUGAGAGUUGAAGUGUUAAACCUGUACAUUCGUGGGUGUAUUGCGUGGGGUACAUCUUUACUGGGUCAGCUGGAGUGGUUACAUAAACUCUACCCGAUAACUCGACGCCUGAAUCCGGGCUUUGGCACGAUGCUGAACGCCGCCGCGGCAGAGAGGAACAAGGAGCCUAUUCUGUCGGUGCUCCGGGACAGCGUUAACACUCAGAGACCCCUGCAGGCUCUGGAAAUAUCCUCUGGCACCGGGCAGCAUGUCGUUCACUUUGCACAGACUUUGAGAAAUAUCACCUGGCAGCCGUCUGAGUAUGACCGCCAGUCUCUUGCCAGUAUAGAAGCCUACAGGUCUCACUACCAGCUGCACAAUGUGAAGCCUGCCAUCCACCUGGAUGCUUCUCAGCCUCAUCAGUGUUGGGGAGGGAUUCAGCCUGAAAGCCUUGACCUGGUGCUCAACAUCAACAUGAUCCAUAUUUCUCCCUUGUCCUGCACAGAGGGAUUAUUCAGAGGGGCUGGAGCGCUGCUGAAGCCACAGGGUCUUCUGUUGACAUACGGGCCAUAUGCGGUGAAUGGCCAGAUCACCCCUCAAAGCAACGUGGACUUUGACUACAGCCUAAGGCAAAGGAAUCCAGAAUGGGGACUAAAGGAUAUCUCAUUUCUCAAUUCUGUGGCACAAAAAAAUGGUUUAUUCCUAGAGAAAAUUGUGGAGAUGCCAGCAAACAACAAAUGCCUUCUCUUCAGGAAAGAGAGUUUGGUGUGAGGUUUCCUGGUGACCCAUCUCUGAGGCGAAGGAUGGUCAAAACGCCUUAAUUUCCUUUUUUUUUUUUUCUUCCCCACCAGGGGGUCUUUUUGUGGGCUCUAGUGUCCCUUAAACCAGUGGUCCCCAACCACCGGGCCGCGGACCGGUACCGGUCCGUGGACCAAUUGGUACCGGGCCGCGGAAGAAAUAAUUAAAUAUGUCCGUUCUAUGUAUUGAGUCUGGAGGAGCUUUUAUCUUGAAAAUCGUACACCGGAUGCCGAGGGUUGAGUCUUGCGCCAGCUCACAACGCGCGCACCCCCACCCCUUUCGAUCCUCACAACGCACGCACGGUCCUCUGUACUAAAAAGGUUGGAGACCACUGCCUUAAACAACAGUAGGCUGACAGGAAGGGGGGAAGACAUGCGGCAAAUGUCGUCGGGUCCGGGAAUCGAACCCGCGACGGCCGCGUCGAGGACUGAAGGCCUCCAAACGUGGGGCGCGCUACCCUCUACGCCACCGGAGCACACCCCAAUUUCCACUUUAAUUAUCGUAUAACUUAGCACACAUUAUUUCAAUCUUAAUUGUUUUUCUAGCUACGGUACAGACCAAAGGUUUGGACACAACUGUGUGUCCAAACUUUUGGUCUGUACUGUAUAUCAAACUGUUGAGUACUGUACAGUUAAACACUUACAUGAAGUUUAUUUUUAUCAUCCUAGGAAAGACAAAUGUUAUAUUAGUGACUAAGCAUAAGUGCUUUUUAGAGGUAGAUAACCUAGAUUAUACAGUACAUGACUAGAGGGGCAAUACACACAUAAAAUAAGAGUACAUAAAAUAAAGUACAGUCAUAUACAACAGUGACCUAUUUUAAAUAUUACAAAAUGGAUUUUACUCAACAUGAUUAAUUUGGUUAGCAGCUAUUUUAGCAGAUUUUUUUUUCAUUUGCCAUUAGAAAAUACAUGUCAUAAAAUAGCAUUUUAGUUCUGUAUAAAUUGUCUCACAAUAUCUUAAAUGUCAUAAAAACCUCUGUUGGACUGAAUAUAAACAACUGAUCUUCCUUUCUUAAAUAAAUUGGUUGUAGUCACUUAUUUGUGAAAUAAUUAAACGGGCCAUUGUGUCCCAGCAAGCUUCA